UUGUGCGUUUGACUAACACAACAAGUCUUCUAUACGGUUCACGACUUUGGACGAUCUUAUUAGGUUUCAGCCAUGAAAACACGGCGGCAGAAGCUCUUGGCGGAUAACUCAUUGCCGAUCCCAACUGAUCUCAUCUACGAGAUAUUCUCGAGACUGUCGCCAAAAUACAUAGCGAGAUGCCGUUGCGUAUCGAAGGUAUGGUCUUCCAUACUUGACCAUCAAGAUUUCACGGACCAGUUUCUGAAAAAAUCUUCUACUCGUCCUCGACUCUUGUUCGCCUAUGAAACAGAAAGCAAGGUAUUCUUCUUCUCCUCGCCUCAGCCUCAAAACCCAGACGAGGACACGCCUCCUACAACCGCCAGCUAUCAUAUGAGUUUAGACCUAAAUCAUGUGUAUCGGAUACAUAAGCCUAUAAGUGGUUUGGUCUGUAUAGGAGAUUUCAGUAGCUUAAACGGAAGGGAAAGACCAGCGAUGAUCUGUGUGAUAUGUAACCCUAGCACCGGACAAUCCUUCACUUUACCGAGGAUAAAGACAAGGAAGGAGCAUGAGAUGAGAAGCUUUUUUGGGUAUGAUCCGGUUGAGAAGCAAUUCAAGGUCUUGUCAAUGACCUUGUCAGAUGGUAACGCCAUAUCUGAGGAGCACCAUGUCCUGACGCUAGAAACUGGGAAACUUUCAUGGAGAUUGAUUGAAUGCAGCGAACCUCAUUAUCCAGAAUAUAAAUCUGUAUGCAUUGAUGGUGUUUUGUAUUACAGAGCUGCACCCAACAAUACGCCUUCUUCCAUGGAUGAAUUUAUGAUAACUUGCUUUGAUUUUAGGUCUGAGAAGUUCAGUUUUAUUAAAGCUACUGCACCAGGAGAAGUGCAUCGUGUACCAAGUCUGAAUCUGAUCAGCUACAAUGGUAAAUUGGGUUCACUAAAGCCGAAUGGGUCUUAUUCUUUUUCUAGAGAAAAUACAAGUUUUGAGAUGUGGGUUUUGGAUGACCUAGAAAAAAAGGAGUGGUCCAAGCAUAGUUACAAACUUCCUCCUCAGUGGCAGAGUGUAGUUCCAAAUAAUUUAAAGUGUGUUGGAGUGACUGGUUCAAAUGAAAUUGUGUUCUCAGAGUACAUUCCAUCCAACCCUUUCUAUGUUUUCUACUACAGUCUCGAGAAGGGAACUAUCAGAAGAGUUGAAAUCCAAGGAAUGGAAGAGUUUCUGACGAAACAUAGAGUUUACACCUUUCUAAACCAUGUAGAGGAUGUGAAACUUAUGAAAGAUGUUUUAUGACUUUAUAACGGAGCUAGUUCGGCUGGCUCCUAUAUUCUCAUCUUAUGGAUCAGAGGAAUAUCUUAGUAGUGCCCUUUAUCUUUCCGCUGGUUUUUUGCGUUGUUUUCUUGACUAUGAUGAUAUGUUUGCAUGUUUUCUAAAUGCAUACUAUUUAUCCUAUGUUAUAGUGGUUCAUGAAUGUUUGUUCUAAGCU